GAAUGCCAUCUAAUGUAAGCCAAAGUGAGUAUAUGUUAAGUCAAUGAAUGGCUGUUAACGUAUUGAAUGUGUUUUACAAACAAAAGCAGACAUUUUGGUCGUCAAACCAUAAGAGUCUAUAAAUAUAUGUUUGAAUGCAUUGAAUGAAUGCUUCAAUCUAUUGAUGUAUUGAUUUGAUUAUAAGUGAUAUCAAUGAUGGACUGCAAUCAACAAUAAUAUGUUGGACAAGAAGGGCAUUAGUCCUCAACAGUGCCAAAUGAGCACAAGUGGUGCUACAAGUGGACAGUCAUCAGGUGCGGCAAAUGCGGGCCCACCAUCUGCAGGUCACACCACUCCCAGCUCACAAUCAUCUUUGCCCGAUAGCGGCAAUGCCUUAAACAAUGUCACAAUGACCACCAACACAACAACCAAUACUUCCAUUACUGGAUCCAACAGUGAAUCAAAUGCACCAAAUGAUAAAAUGAUGGCUUCAUUGGCAGCACAAGACUUUGUAUCGAUUAAGACCGAGGAUCACAUCUCAGUCAAUGUGGCCACAAGUCUUUGCGAGUCUAAUACUAAGACAACUACCGAUAAUAUAACUAAUAAUUGUAAUAAUAAUAAUAUAAUGAAAGACGUGAAGCCAACUAUUAAUACAAAUAUGAAUUUGUGUGGCAAUAGAAAUAUCAUGUCUUCAGACAAUUUUGCAAAUAAUAAUAUGAAAGGCAUGUCUUGUGCACCCAAUGGUGUCCUCAAUGGUGCCAUCAAUGGUAUGAAUGGCAUGUGUGUCAACACGAGUUCACCAUUAAAUAUGCUUAACGACGAUAAAUUGAAUUUCGCUAAUAAUGACUUUGGAAUGCCAGUGCCAACCGGUAAUCUCCCUGUGCCAGGUGAAUUACCACCCUUUCCUCAAAUGUCACAACAAAUGAUGAGACCUCGUGGUCCGGGCCCAUGUGGUCCCGGGUUAGCAUCAGCACCACGAAUGGGUGUCAAUGCAGGCAUGCAUUCACAACAAGCGCACAAUAAUAACAUACAGCUAAUGAUGAAUAAUAUAAAUACUAAUACAAGUAAAUCUUCGAUGACUAUGGAUUCACAAUAUAUGCAACAACAGAGUCAGAUAUUUGUGUUUAACACUAAAAAGGCCAACAGUGCUGCUGAGGCUGUCGACGCAGGGAUGUUCUCAUCCAUCAUUGAUUUUCACUGUUCUCAUCCCGAAACUAAAGCCAUAUUAAGUAAAUAUCCAUUAAAGUCACCAAUUAAUCGACCCAACUGUCCUACUGCUUGGCUAAAUAAUAUGUCACAAAUGAAACCUGGUGGUAGGGGUAUGAAACCUAAUAUGUCCAAUACUUUACCUAUUAUGAACCCAACUAUGAUGAAGAAUAACAUAGGCCAUCCAAGAGAAGCACAUCCUGGACCCUGUCCUGGUUCUUGUAAUAUGCACAACCCAUCAGGUCCUGGCCCUGGACCCGGUGGUGGACCAAAUAAUAAUUGGUCAAAUAUUUCACCCAUGUGUUCUAAUGUUAAUACUAACUGGUCGACACCACAACAACAACAACAAAUGUUUGCUCAAAAUUCAGAUAUGUUUUCAACUUCACCGAUGGGUCCAAAUGGUCCCAACACCCGAAUGUGUGCCCCCUAUGCUUCCAAUAAUUUUCAACCCACUUCUCAACUAUCAAUGGGAAUUCCCACACAAAUGUCUGAAAUAUCAGAUGAAAACCUAACACCUCAACAAAGACAAAAUCGAGAGAAGAAGUUGGCAAUACUUAACACAAUUAAACAACAAUUUUGUCCUGAAAUGGUAGACUCAGGACCAAUGGGUCAAAUGAUGCGAAUGCCAACUCCUAAUCAGUCUAUGAAUGCACCAGAUUUUAUGAAUGACCAAAACAUUUGUCCACUGCCAGAGUCUGAUCCAUUGGCCAAUACUGAUACUCAUAUGAAUAAUAUGACUCCGUCCAGAAUGAUGGCCACUCCUAACAAUAAUACUCAGACACCGAUUCCUCCUAAUACUGGUUUGGCAUCACUUGAAUGGCAGAAAUCAAACUUUAUGGAUGAAAGACGACGUAAAUCGCAAAAUAAUGGACAGGGAGUUAAUAUUAAUAACAAUUCAGUGCCAAUUUCACAUCAGUCGCCAUUAUCACAGCCAUCAUCUGCUCUCAACAGUCCGAGUCCUUGCAUAUCUCAAAGUCCGGGCAGUCGUAUUCCUCCUCCACCUUAUAAUCAGAACAUACGUUCUCAUCCGAACUCGAGUCCUCAUCCAUCAUCACCGGCUACCGGUUCAUUACCUAUGCCGUCACCAUGUAUGCAAUCACCAGCUGAUGGUUCCACACAACAAUUUGCAUCUGCUGGACAAUCGCGAUUGUCACAUACCAGUCCUGGUCCUACCACUCCUUCAACAGAUAGUAAUUCAGGAACAGGAGUGCAUAAUUGGAAUAAAAUGAAUGUGUCGUCAGCGCCCAAUACCAUACCGUCCACAACAUCAACAACUGUACAAAACAAUUGUCGAACGCAAGCAAACGUAACAAAUAUUAGGGCAAACACUCCGUCCAAUUCUGCUUCCAGUCCCAGCCCUUCAACUGUUAAAAAGCUGCCAAAUCUUAAAGGUGUGAAUCAGGACUGUAAUGAUUUGCUCGGAAAUUCUGGUGUUGAGGUCAAUAGAGCUCAAUCACAUCACCCAAACGAUGUGCCAUUAUUAGGACCACCAGUUGGUUCUAAUUGUUCGUCACCUUUCAUUUGCAAUAAAUCAGAACCGGCUCUAAUGCCAGUGCCAUCACCGCAUCAAUAUUUAAAUACAUUUGAAGGACAAGAGCUUACUAUUCAGAAACAACCCAACACUAGCUUAAGAGAUGCUGACCUCAUGUCAAAUACAGCACCUGAUCUCGAUAUGGGCUUUGGAAAUGAAUUUCCAAAUAAUUGUCAAUCAUUUCCAUCAAAUGAACGAUUACCCAAUUUUCCAAUGAAUCCAUUGGAAGCUAUGAAUCAAAGGUUCCCAUUAAAUCACCAAAAUCCUAAUAUGAGUGGAAAUCAUUUUGAUAUGAAUGCAAGAUUUAUGACUCCAAAUGAUAGUAACCAAAGAUUUGUAGGUCCCGGAGCUAUGUUUGAUGGACCGAUACCUCGUAUGCUACUCAACUCGCAUGAAAGUCAAUAUAGACCACAAAAUAUGAUUAAUAUGCCUUAUGGACAAAUGGACAGCAAUAUGAUGCGAUUUAAUACUCCCUGUGAUAAUAUUAUGCCCACAAGAGUUAGAGGUCCAUCAAAUUUGGUCACAAAUAGAUUUAAUAAUCCUAUGAACGACAUGCAGCCAACACAACAUUAUAACACACCUCCGAUGUCUAAUAUGUCACAAAUGCCUCCUAUGAAUAACGAACAAAUGAUACAAUUUGGUGCCAAUCAGUCACCCGGAUGUAUGACACCUAUAAAUACAUUCAAUUCACAAAUGGAAAGUGGCUUUAGUUCUUCACCAUUGCAGAACUUACAGAAAAUGACGCCUCCCUAUGAUAUUGGACCUCCUAGUAAAGUGGAUCGCAUGUUAUCUAAUGGGGCUCUCGGACACAACCAUAACACGAAUGGUUCAAUAUCUUCGAUGUCGCAAAAUCAAAGAGCAAAUAAUUUUGAUCCUAUUUCAUCUAUGGCAGCGAUGGGUGAUUCAAGUGGUGCUCCCAAUCCUAUGAUGUCCGGCCCUUCGAUGAAUAUGCCAGCUAUUUCUAUGGCACCUAAUGGUCAGCCACCAAAUAUGGUUAACUUUCAUACAUCAAUGUCUGCAAUGCAGGGAAUGCAACAAAAUAUAAAUGCAGAGACAAUGAAUGGUGGAAUAGCCGCACAAUUCCCUAAUAUGAAUGGUGGGCCACAAACUGUAAAUAAUACAUAUGUUAACGCAACGAUGUCUAUACAACAACUUAAUAUUCAAAACAUGCCAAACCAUGGCUUUAAUCCUAAUAUUGACCAAAAUAUUAAUUCAAUGAAUAAUAUGAAUAUGUCCUCUCAAUCCAACCUACCAGUGACCAGUGGCGGACAUAUCAAUCCUAAUGGUGCAUCCGGUGCCAUGCAUAUGAUGCCAAACAAUAACUCGAAAUUGGGUCCUAACAUUAGUUCUCGAAUGUCUGGUCCGACUGGUGGACCCAACUUUGUUGGUCAACCCAUGCCUAACAUGAGAGGAAUGAAUCCAAUAAUGUAUCAGCAGAACCAACAACAGAUGCGAUUCAAUUCAGCUAAUAUUCAGAUCAAACCCGACGCACCAAAUACUAUACAAUAUCUGCCAUCGCGACAGCAGAAUCCAAAUAUGCUUCCCCGGGGGUCAAUCACAUAUUUGGAGCGCUAUGAACCCCCCCUAACAAAUUUAGGCAACAAACUGCCCACUCAUAACUUGCAGUACUUCCCUAAUAAUGCAAAUCCAAAUGUCAACUUUAAUCGGACACAAAAUAUGUAUAAUUAAUUUAUAUACAGUAUAUGAUAUAUAUAUAUAUA